CCAAAUCAUGUCCACACGAUCGAAAUCCAAGGGCUCGAUAGUCAAUAUACUCAGUACGGUUAUGAAACUUGCUCGACCUUAAACGUCACAACAGUUUAUAAAGGAGUGGAGUGCAGGGGGGUUCUCCCUUUAAUUUCUUCAACAUAUAUUUUUUUUUUUCAAUUUUUUUCCUAUCAUUAUCUCUUUUACUUGCGUAUUCCAUUUAUUCGUAGCAUACACGGGGCUUUGUGUACAAGCCAAAAAUUUCAAUUAUUGAAAAAAAAAUCAAUUCUCUUUUUAUCGAGCUGUAAUCAGGUUUGGCUGAUUGUUUGUGUUAUUGUAUAAGUAUAAUUAAUGAAUAAGCAAGAGAAGGUUGUGAAUUUGAUUGGAAUCAUGGCAGAGGAUUGAAGGCAUCUGUUGAUCUCAGUGCAAAGUAUUAAACAAAAUGAUAUUUAAUUGUUUUUUGUUAGCAUCAGUACAAAGCAUGUGAAUAAGUACUUGGACUGAUGUUACUGGCACAAUAUCAGAUGUUAUAAUUGCGUUUGAAUGAGUGUUUCUGCAUUUACACAGUGAAGAACUUGUUGUUGCAAGAGAAAAAAUUUAACCUGAGAGUCAACUGUGUAAAGAUGUUGAGAAUCUGUGAAGAAAAAAUUUAGAUUGUUUGUUGCUGAGGGAUCGUGAUACUGUUUUGGAUUUAUUGUUGGUUGUAUUGUUUUAAGGGAGAUGAUUAUGGAGGAGCAAGAUUCAGGUUUCCUUCAAUGGGGUCUUCAUUUUUUUGAAUGUGACCCUUAUUUGCAUUCUGGGUAUCAGGAUGAGGUGCUUCAGCAUGAUGCUAAUUACAUCUAUAAUGGUCAGUAUUUGAGGGAUCAUAAUGAUGCAGAGUGUAAUCAGGUAGAAAAUGAUGAGAUUAUUGCUCGUACUCUUCAAGAAGAGUAUUCUCAAGAAUUUUCACAAUUAGCACUUGCAGAAGACUCUCAAUAUUCACAUGCAGGAGAAAAUAACUUGCAAGAUUCUGUUCAAGAUCAUGAUUGGCAUAGUUUGUCCACGAGGAAUUAUAAUUCAGGAUUUGAGUAUGGCCAAGAUGAAUCUGAUGAUACAGGGCCGUCCUGUUCAUCUUCUAGCCCUGCAGAUGGAGAGGAGGAUUCCUAUUCGUUGGAGUUAACUGGUGAAUAUAUACAGGAUGAGGAAGUGGGAAAGAGGUUGAACCAAAUGAUUCCUAUUCCUCAUGUUCCAAGAAUUAAUGGGGAAAUACCAUCAACUGAUGAAGCAACUUCAGAUCAUGAAAGACUACUGAACAGAUUGCAGUUAUAUGGAUUUGUUGAGCUUAAAGUUCAAGGAGACGGCAAUUGUCAAUUUCGUGCUUUGUCUGAUCAACUCUAUAGCACACCUGAACAUCACAAAUAUGUGAGACGACUAGUUGUAAAUCAGCUGAAGUCUCAUCCAGAGAUGUAUGAAGGAUAUGUUCCCAUGGAGUAUGGUGAAUAUCUACAGAAAAUGUCCAGGAGUGGUGAGUGGGGCGAUCAUGUUACGCUGCAGGCAGCUGCAGAUUCGUUUGGUGUAAGAAUAAUUGUUAUUACUUCUUUUAAGGACACCCAUUACAUAGAGAUUCUUCCCAACGCCAAGAAAUCAAAAAGAGUCAUUUGCCUAAGUUUUUGGGCAGAGGUUCACUACAACUCAAUAUAUUCUCAAGAAGAUACACCCUCGCGGGAGUCUAGAAGGAAGAAAAGAUGGUGGAACUUUGUGAAUUAAUGUCAAAGCAGCAGCUUGUGGCCUACUUCUCAUUUUGUUGAAUGCUGCCGUGUCUGGGUCUACUUCUCGGAGAAAGAAUUUGCCUUUUUUUUUUUUCCCAAUAACGCAUUAUAUAUCGCCUUCUUCACUCGCAAUUUUGUAUGCAUACAUAUAGCAAUGCAACUCGGCUUAUCACAUGGCAACUCUUUGCUUAAUAUUCAGAAAUACAUUUUGAUUUUAGCAUUA